GACCUUUAUCAUCAGUCAUACGAGUCGGUGUGUGUGAUGUUCGCUUCCAUCCCAGACUUCAAAGAGUUUUAUACUGAGUCUGAUGUCAAUAAGGAAGGACUGGAGUGCCUCCGUCUUCUCAACGAGAUCAUAGCGGACUUUGAUGAGCUGCUGUCCAAACCUAAGUUCAGCGGAGUGGAGAAGAUAAAGACCAUCGGUAGCACCUACAUGGCUGCAACUGGACUCAACGUGACACCAGGACCAGAGUGCGCACAGGAACAUGACAGACAGUACAUGCACAUUGGCACCAUGGUGGAGUUUGCCUUUGCUCUUGUGGGGAAGCUCGAUGUCAUCAACAAACACUCCUUCAACGACUUCAGACUCAGAAUUGGGAUAAACCAUGGGCCAGUGAUUGCAGGGGUUAUCGGGGCCCAGAAACCCCAGUAUGACAUCUGGGGAAACAGUGUGAACGUGGCCAGUAGGAUGGAAACCACUGGGGUACUGGGAAAAAUACAGGUAACAGAGGAGACAAGUCAUAUCUUAUCAGUACUAGGGUACAUGUGUUCAUGUCGCGGCAUCAUUAACGUCAAGGGCAAAGGAGAGCUGAGGACCUACUUUGUCCACACAGAGAUGACCCGAUCUCUGUCACAAGGGACUGUGAUGCCUUGAGCCUGCCACACGAACCGAACAAACAAGACUUGAGAACACAAUCACACACACAAAGUGGCCGUAGAAGUGCUUUGUCAUGCGCCGUAACUAAAACCCAUUACCAGAGACCAGCAGUACAAUGGAUAGACAAUUGUCCAGAACUAGUUUCGUCCUUAGCAACACAAUGUAGAGCAGGGCCGAGGUGCACCGCCACAGUCCUUCAACGCUGCAUUCUGGAUGGUUUUCACUUCUCAAGUGUAGCAAGGACUUGGCUCUUCACUGUCUAAAGGAGUGCCUGUCCAAAGAGAGGUUUGCUAAAUUAGUGCAGCUCUCAAGGACCGCAGUCACCCGUCUGUACAAUAGUAGUGGUGUGGAGCUAAUUACUCAUGCCAGUGUUGCAGUGCUUCAGAGCCUUACACUUGAGCAAACUGAGCUGCCUGUCGAGCUGUGCUUUUUUAUAUCUGCCUGGUUGGAACUGUGAGCCGGUUUGUUCCAUUCUAAUUCCAAAUGGAUGUUACAAUAGUUUAUUGUCAUAUAGAGCAGUGGAUGCCAACAAAUCGCCAGUGUGAUGGGUAGUUUGCCAAAACCUGUGAAUUGUAUUUAUAGCUUUAGAGCUGCGUUUGUGUCCCGCUGAAGAGUAGGAGGACUCAGGCACAGGAUACAAGAGGAAAGUAGAGGUUUCUUUUUUUAUAAUCCAUCUGGAAUCAAACCAACAGCAUUGUGUGUAAAUGUUCA